UAAGUCUUCUUCUUCUUCUUCACCUUACUGUAUCGGCCGUUCGCUGAGGUUUAUCCAGUGAGCCUCCUCUUUUCCGGAUUUUCUACGCACUUCAUCAGGUUAGCUUUCUCUGUUGUCGAAAAAGCAGAAGAGUAGCAGAGAUGUUGUACAUUAUAGGGUUAGGUUUAGGAGAUGAAAAGGACAUAACUUUGAGAGGACUCGAGGCCGUAAAGAAAUCUCAGAAAGUAUACAUGGAAGCUUACACUUCUCUUUUGUCCUUUGGUCUCUCUCCUGAUGGUCUUUCCAAUCUUGAAAAGUUUUAUGGGAAACCAAUUAUACUUGCUGAUAGAGAAAUGGUGGAAGAAAAGGCAGGCCAUAUGAUUGAAGAAGCCAUUCAUAACGAUGUCGCUUUUCUCGUUGUUGGUGAUCCUUUCGGAGCUACAACGCACAGCGAUCUUGUUGUUCGAGCUAAGAAACUCGGUGUAAAAGUAGAGGUAGUGCACAACGCAUCUGUCAUGAAUGCUGUUGGGAUUUGUGGUCUGCAGCUUUACCAUUAUGGAGAGACGGUUUCGAUCCCGUUCUUCACGGAAACUUGGAGACCUGAUAGCUUUUACGAGAAGAUCAAGAAGAACCGUGCUCUUGGACUGCACACUCUCUGUUUGCUGGAUAUCCGUGUGAAAGAGCCUACUUUUGAAUCUCUUUGCAGAGGAGGGAAGAAACAGUAUGAACCACCUAGGUAUAUGACUGUUAAUACAGCGAUCGAGCAGCUUCUAGAAGUUGAGCAGAAGCAUGGAGAGUCUGUUUAUGGUGAAGAGACAGAGUGUGUGGGGUUUGCACGGCUUGGCUCUGAGGACCAGACGAUAGUUGCAGGGACGAUGAAGCAACUCGAGAGUGUUGAUUUUGGAGCACCACUGCACUGCCUUGUGAUAGUAGGCGAGACUCAUCCCGUGGAAGAAGAGAUGUUAGAGUUUUACAGACACAAAAAUGCAGAUUAAAGACCACAGGACUGAAGAAGGCUCUUCAUUUUCGCAAGAACAAUGAAGAUAUCUCUCUGAGGAGUUGAUUGAAACUAGUUUUCUUCAUCUCUAUCUACUUUUGUGGUUACAUAAGCAUAACUAUGAUGUGAUCUUGAAUAUGAGAUAUUCAUUUGGCUCUAGUUUGAGGCGCACUUUGUAUUAGAGCUUUGUUUCAGAGUAAAUUUUAGUUUCGGAUA